CGGUUCCGCACGCGCUCCCGUUGCCGACCGCCGCUCUUGCGGCCUGUGGAAGGAUUCGCGCUCUGCUCCCGGCGACAUCCGCUGAACUCCUGUCCCCGGCCCCAUGUUUCCGACGUGGGGUUUGUAUGGGGCGGCUCCGGGGCCCUACCCACCGCCGCCCACGAUGAUGCCGCCUCCACCAUUGCCUGGGCCUCCGCCGGCUGUGCUGUCCACUGCCCUGGCGCCACAAGGCCCUGUGGUGCCGCCGCCUUACGCGGCCUCCUCGGCGACUCCAGCUACUGCCCCAGUGAGCGGCACGUCGGGCUUUUUGAGCCUGCAGGAACAGCACCUGGCCCAGCUGCAGCAGCUCCAGCAAAUGCACCAGAAGCAGCUGCAGUCAGUGCUGCUGGGGGGUCCCCCGCCGCCCGGGGCGCCUCCGCCCAACCUGCCGCCGCCUCCCCUGCCUAGCGCCUCGGCCCCCGCCAGCUCCUGGCAGCCCCCCAUCCCCACCGGCCCGCCUCCCUCCCGCGCUUACUCGAAGCAGUUUAAGCACCGCGAGCCGCCACCUCCCCCUCCUCCUCGCGAGCCGCAGAUGCGCAACCCUCCAAUGCCUCCUCUUCCCCUGGCAGAGGAGUGUGUGGAGUCGCCUCAGGCUCUCCAGGAGUGGGAGACCGAAGCCCCCUCCACCAGUCCCCAUAUGGACAUGGAUAUGGACUUGUCCUCCCCGCCACAGUCGCCCACCCAGCCUUACAUGGCCCCACUGGAGACUGACUCUUACGCCCUCCCUUCUCAGCAUCUACCCUCACAGACCCACACCCCACCACCUCAGUCUUACCAGGCCCAUUCUCAGUUGCCUCAGACCUUCUCAGAACAGACUUUCUCCGAACCUCCUCCCACACCUGUUUCUCAGUCUUACCUGCCUCAGUCUCAGCCUUAUCAGCCCUCUUCCCAGUUAGUUCAGUCCAAUGCUCCUUCAGUCUCCCAGAGCGAAUCACGCUUCACUUCAUCCCAGAUUUCACAGGCUUCCCCUGAACCGCAAGAAUUCAGACAGGGCAGUGGUGAGAACACAGAUAACAGGUGUGAGCGACUGCAAAGCACCUCCCAUGCAGACCUCUCCUCCAUGACUCCCCAGGAACAGCAGCAAUAUUGGUAUCAACAGCAUCUGCUUACUCUGCAGCAGAGGGCAAAAGCACAUGCACUGGGACAGCAGCUGCCACAAGAUGUAGGUGUUGCAAGUGAUGCUCCUGAGCAGAGGCAAGAAGAAAGGGAAAAUUCUCUUUCUGACCAGCUUUCUGAGCCUACCUUGCAUUACGAACCCCUGUUACCUCAUUCCAAAGAUGAUGACCUUCCUUUGUCAUCUGUUGAACCCAAGCUGAGCAUUGACCCACCAGAGGAUCCUGAGGAAAGUUUGAGGUUGCAGCAGCUGCAGGCAGCAGCGACCCAAUGGCAGCAGCAUCCACAGCAGCGAGUGGGCUUCCAGUACCAGAGAAUUAUGCAAAAGCAUGCACAGUUGCAACAGAUUCUGCAACGUUAUCAACAGAUCAUACAACAACCGGCACAUUUCCCUACAAUGUCAACAGAAAUGCAGCUACAGCAUUAUGAGACCCAGCAUAAAAAAUUUCUGCCACUUUAUAAGGAGUGGGAACGGGAAUUUCAGCAGUGGCAGGAUCAGCUCCAGGCCUAUCCUCACAAGGACCAGCUUUAUGAGUGCGAGAAACAGUGGAAGAUGUGGCAGGGGCAGAUGAAAGCCACACAUAACCAUUUGCAGGAGAAAGUGAAGUCCCUUCGGAAGAUGAACAGUCAAUAUGCUGGGGGUACAACUGUUCCACCUCAGUUUUCUCCAUAUUCUCAACCCACUCAAGGUGGCAUACCUAUUAUGCCCUCUACUUUGCCCUCAACAACACUGUCCAUGACAUCUACCGGGUUCUCUUCUGGCCCUCAUGCAUCUAAUAUCUCUGGUCUUAAAGAAUCUGGUCCUCAGAGUACCCAGAUCACUGAAACUACAAGACCAGCUGUAUUUUCUUCCUCAGCUGCCUUUUCAUAUAAAUUGUCCGAGUCAUCUGCCACUUCCCAUACAGCAGAGCUUACCAGGCCAGCUCUACUUCCUACGCCUGCAUCUCCUCCCUAUACAUAUAAAGCAACAGAGCCACCUACUGCCUCUCAGCCCAUGGAAACAACCAGACCAGCUCUCCUUCCUACCCCUGCCCCUAGUUCUUUUCCUUUUAAAAUGACCGAUUCUUCAGCCACCUCCCAGGCCACUGAGAUUGGAAGACCAGCUCUUCUUCCUACACCGACUCUUGGUUCCUUUCCAUUCAAAAUGACUGAUUCACCUACCACCUCCCACAGCAUUGAGGCAACUAGGCCUGCUCUACUUCCUACUCCUGCUUUUUCUUAUAAAGCUUCAGAUUCAUCUGCUGCUAUGCCUUACCACUCGAAUGUGACAUCGUCUGCUAGUUCUUCUGACCAAGGCAGUUCUUGCAUUCCUCUGGGCAAACAGGCAAUGCCAUUUGGUUCUGUCUCAUCUGAACUAGGCUCUGUUGAAGUGAAGCCUCCUUCUACAGUAUCCUCACCACCUGCAGCCACCACCAGCACUACCUAUCAGAACAAUCCAGUGAGAUCAGCUGGGUUUCUUGAAUCUCCCAGAGGACCGUGCUUUGAUAGUCCCAGGGGUCCAAGGUUUGAUGGACCACGAGGAAGGAGCUUUGAGAGAUUUGAAGCUCCAAGACAGAGAGGACCCCAUUUUCAAGGCCAGCGCUUAGAAGGCCCAAGGCCAAGGCUUCAAAAUCAGCAUAUGGAUGGGACUUCCAGCAAACAGGGGACAAUCCCAAGGGGCCCAGCGGCAGCAUUUUAUUCUUCUUCAGGCGUAUCACAAACGCCAGCUUCCCAGUCAAGUGGACCACAGUGGCGGGGGUCUAGGCCUCUUUCAGGACAGCAAUCAGAUAAUAAAGACUCUUUCAGUGAUGUGGCCAGCAGUCAGGCAAAUCAUUCUAAACCUCCGCUAGAUAGAAGAAAUUCUGGUCCGCUUCAGCCAGGUAAAGGCCCAUCUAACACACACCAAAAUACAUCCAGAAUAGAUGGCCAAGAAGUGACAUCGGAAGCAAAGAAAUGGAGCAGUACUACAGAGACUGGACUGCAGACAGAAACAUCCAAAACAGCUCCUUGUCCUUCAUCAGUUUCUACUCAUCCUCCAAAAGCAGGAGGGAAAAAACCCUUGCUGCCAACUCCAGUAGUCGGAAAUAAAGACUUGAACUCCACUGAGAGUAAAUUGGCUUCAUCUGAAAAUAAUCAGAACAGGGAACCCUCUAAACUAGAAGACAGAACAAAGGGACAAACAGAACAAAGGCAAAUUAAGCCAGGAGAUAACCAGGCAAAAGGACCAGCUGCUAGAGGUAGGGGCCAGGGUAGGAUAGAAGAUAUGAGAGGUAGAGGCCAGGCCCGAUUAGAUAAUGCCAGGGGCAGGGGAAUGCCAAAUAGAGGUAGAGGCAGAGGUCAGACUAGAGAUGUAGGUGGCAGAGGCUUAAACAGUGGGGCAGAAAUCCAUGAGAAGCUACCAGAAAAACAGUCAGGCAGCCAGGACAGAGUAUUGGGCAGGCGAUCCAGGAGCCAGGACAGAGGAUUGCCAGCUAGAGAUGGGGAGCCGGGUCAUCGGGUGGGUAGCAGAGAGAGAGGCUGUGGAAGUAGCCGGGAGAGGGAAGCAGCCAGACGGCCUAGUAGCCGGGAGAGGGGACUGAAUCGGCAGACUAGUAGCAGGGAAAGGGGUGCUAGUCGACGAACUGGUAGCAGAGACAGGGGCUCAGAUCGGCGACCUAAUAGCCGAGACAGAGACCCAGUCAGAAGACCUAAUAGUCAGGAAAGGGAACUGCACAGGCAUGAUGUAGGUCUUGAGGGCAAUACAGAAAAUUUACCUCCAUUUCGUGAUGAACCACGCAGGCCUCCAUGGGCUUAUGGAGAUUCAGGCAUAGAAGAAGGACGUCCAUUUGAAUACAGAGAUGUUCCACCUUUAGAACGCAGGCGACUGGAGGAUUGGGAAAGUGACAGAUACUGGCCUGAACGUGACCGCCGGUAUCAUGAUGGUCCCAUUGAUCCAUAUGAGAGAGAUGAUUCAUUAGCACCUCGUCGUCCGUUGCCCCCUCUUUCACCUCUUCCCCCUCUACCUCCUUUACCUCCAUUGUCUACUGACCUUGACAGACGAGAUCCAUUUUGGGAUGACUGGGAAAGGCCAGUGGUUAGGGACAGGGAGAUUGACAGAGAUCUGGACAGGAUCAGAAGACCUUUGGAUACAUAUGAUCAUGAAUUUGAAAGAGACUGGGACAGAGAUUACAUAAGACCAGUGGGUGACAGAGAUACGCUGAGUCGUGAUCUAGACAUACCUCCUCUCCCACCUUUGCCUCCCCUUCCACCGCUUCCUCCUUUGGACAGGUAUCGUGAAGAGCGAUGGAUGGAGGACAGAGAGAGAGAUUUCUAUGACCGAGAUCCUAGAGACAGAGGGGAACUUAGAAUCAGAGAGUAUCCAGAUACAUGGAGGGAGCCAUCUGACUUUCCUCCUGAGAGGAAUGAUUGGGAGAGGAAAAGACUUCCAGAGAAGUGGUAUCCAGAGGAUGUAGACAGAUUCCCACCUUUAGAGGAUCAUCUGGAACCACCACCUCUGCCACCACUCUCAUCUGACAUACUGAGAGAAGAGCCAAACUCAGCUUCUGAGCAGUCAAUAGGAGGAGUAAUGGUCCUUAGUCAAAGGCAGCAUGAAAUAAUCCUGAAGGCUGCCCAAGAAUUGAAAAUGCUGAGAGAACAGAAAGAACAGAUGCAGAAGAUGCAAGACUUUGUUCCUGAGCCUGAUCUGCCACCACAGGAAAUGGCUAGGGUGCCAGGUGCAGUGUCUACAAGGCAGGAGAACUUUCAGACUUCUGAAAUGCAGUCUGAAAUACCAAUAGAGGAACAACCAAUUGCACCAUCUCCAGCUGUAAUUAUAAAGCCACCAGUCUUGUUUCGGAAGCCUACCCCAACAACAAAGGCAACUGCCCCCAUAGGAAAGCUUUCUGGCCCAAUGGUGAGGCCACCUGCUCCAGCCCCAAAGGCCCCUCUUCCCAUGGCCAGGCCACCAGCUUCAUCAAUGCAGCCAAGCACUCCAGUUCCUAUUUCAACUGUAGCAACUGCUCAGGUUUCAGUUCCUGAGGUGAAAUCAUCAUUUGCUAUGAACCAAGAACGCUGGGAUGAAGAUUCUUUUCAUGGACUUUGGGACACCAGUGAAGAUAAAGGAAUAAAAUCAGAGUAUGACUUAGCUAAAUCAGAACCGCCACCAAUCCCAACAUCCCUUGCAUCAGGUAUGCCACAGCUUUCCAAGCCACCAGUUAUUCAUCAGACUGUUGACUACGGACAUGGCCACAGCCAAAGUCAGGAUAUAACCAUCAGUAAAGGUGGACAGAUUCCUUAUGGAGAGCGAAUAACUCUGCGUCCAGAACCUCCUCAGGAGAGACAGUCUUUUUCAAAAGAGCAUCCAGGCCAGAGAGAUCGAUACCUCAAGGACAGAGAAUCUUUCUUUGAACGACAGAAUAAUACAAAUACAGACCAUAGAGAUUUCAGAAGAGAACGAGAACCUUAUAGGGACCGGGGUUCUGGAGACCAUGAACGGGAAAGAUUUGACAAAGAUCGUUAUCCACGAGAAGACAGGCCAUCUCCUUCAAGAACUCAAUCGUAUCGUGACAAGGACCAUUCAAACUCAAGAAGAGGGGGAUUUGAAAGACAGUCGUAUGAAAGAAAACAGGAUCGUCCUCCCUAUGACCAUGGGCCUUCUGUGUUUGGAGGUGACCGAAGAAAUUACCCUGAGGAGAGAAUGCCUAUUCCUGCUCCAUCAAUACCCAGGCAACCACCUCCUGCACCACGUGUAGAGAAGAAACCAGAAUCUAAAAAUGUAGAUGAUAUUCUGAAGCCACCUGGACGAGAGAGUAGGCCAGAGAGGAUUGUUAUUAUCAUGAGAGGAUUGCCUGGCAGUGGAAAGACACACGUUGCUAAGCUUAUCAGGGAUAAAGAAGUUGAAUGUGGAGGAGCUGCACCUAGAGUGCUCAGCCUGGAUGACUAUUUUAUCACUGAAAUAGAAAAAGAGGAACGAGACCCAGAUACAAAGAAAAGAGUGAAAAAGAAGGUUUUGGAGUAUGAAUAUGAAGCUGAUAUGGAAGAGGUCUACCGUGCCAGCAUGUUCAAAACCUUCAAAAAGACUCUGGAUGAUGGGUUUUUCCCCUUCAUUAUCCUUGAUGCCAUUAAUGACAAAGUGCGUCACUUUGAGCAGUUCUGGAGUGCUGCAAAAACAAAAGGGUUUGAGGUCUAUGUAGCUGAAAUAACUGCGGACAACCAGACCUGCUGCAAGAGAAACGUCCAUGGGCGCAAGCUCAAAGAAAUCAACAGGAUGGCUGAUUAUUGGGAGAUGGCACCUCGUCACAUGAUACGUUUAGACAUUCGUUCUUUGCUACAAGAUGCUGCUAUUGAAGAGGUGGAGAUGGAGGAUUUUGAUGCCAACAUUGAAGACCAGAAAGAUGACAAGAAGGAUGCAGAUGAAGAAGAAAGUGAACUGGGUUACAUUCCGAAAAGCAAAUGGGAGAUGGAUACUUCUGAAGCAAAACUAGACAAAUUGGAUGGGCUGCGAACUGGUGCUAAGCGGAAACGUGAUUGGGAGGCAAUUGCCAGCAGAAUGGAAGAUUAUCUUCAGCUUCCCGAUGACUAUGAUACCCGUGCUUCUGAACCUGGAAAGAAGAGGGUGAGGUGGGCAGACCUCGAAGAGAAAAAGGAUGCAGACAGAAAAAGGGCCAUUGGUUUUGUUGUUGGACAGACAGAUUGGGAGAAAAUCACAGAUGAAAGUGGACAUCUUGCUGAGAGAGCCCUCAAUCGCACCAAGUAUAUCUGAUACGAUUUUUUCUUGGGAUUUUUCUACCUUUUAAGGCCAUUAGCUUUGAUGAGAACUGAACGCGGGGUGGCAUUCCCCCAUCUUGAGCAUUGUGGGGGUUUCUUUCUUUAGAAACUUUUUAUUUUGUUGUGUUCUUUAAAAUUUUGACUAGUGAUGUCCAGCAGCCCCAAGUUACAUGGAAUCCCAUUGCACCUAAAUGUGAAAGAAGGUUUUUGUGUUAACAUAGUAGUUCUAGCUUUUAUGCGUGCAGUAGAAUGGAAAGAUUAGGCCAAGAACAUUUCCACUGCUGUUUUUGUCACAGAAUAUCUGCAUUUACCAUUGCUUUGUUGCUUUGUGGCUAUUAUUUUAUACUGUACAAACUUUGUAGUUGAUUGUACUACAAAAUGGAACAAUAAACUUUCACUAUGAACCCAGUGAAUAA